AAGAGCCCUAAAAUCCCAGGUUAGGGCUUUCGCGCACGGGAGGAUGGACGCGCUCAAGCAGGAGAUCGAGCGCAAGCGCAAGCAAAUGCAGGAGGAAUUCGGGAGCCGCAAGUUCGUGAAGCGCGCGGAGUUGGAGAAGAAGGAGCUAGAGAAGCGGCGGAGGGAGGAGGACGCGGCGGCGGCCAGAGCUAGGGCGGCGGGCAGCAGCAAGGGCGGCGAGGUGAGGAGCGAUGACCAGAGCAGCGAGCGGCCGUCGGCGUCGGCGACGUCGUCGAAAUCCCGGGUAAAUCUCAGCGAGGAGGAGAAGCUGGACGAUCUCGUCCUCCCAAACGCGGAGGUGAUCCGCCGCCUCCGCCUCCUCAAGCAGCCCAUCACGCUGUUUGGCGAGGACGAUGAAAUGCGGCUGGAGAGGCUCAAGGUGGCGCUCCGGGCGGGGGUGACCGACACGGACAGCGAGCUCAUGGAGGGCCAGAGGAACGAUUUCCUCAUGGAUCUGGCGGAGCUCAAGAAGAGGGAGAAGCACGGAUUGGAGCCCAGGAAGGAGAAGAACAAGGAGAAGGAGGACGACGAUCGCGGAGACGAUAACGCCGGGGGAGAAGCGCUGGAUGGCGAGAGCGGCGGAGACAAGGACAAGGAUCUCCUCAUGAAGGCCAACUUCGAGGAGCUGUGCGACGAGGACAAGAUCCUGGUCUUCUUCAAGAGGCUUAUCCAGGAAUGGGAGCAAGAGAUCAAGGCGCGGCCCGACGCCGAGAAGCGAGGUGGUCGUAUCGUCGCUACUUUCAAGCAGUGCUCCAGAUAUCUCAAGCCCCUGUUCAAGCUGUGCUCCAAGAAGCUUCUUCCGGAUGAUAUCCGGCAGGCUUUGGUGAUCGUGGUGGACUGCUGCCGGAGGCGCGACUACCUGGCCGCCAUGGACCAGUACAUCAAGCUCGCGAUUGGAAACGCUCCCUGGCCGAUCGGUGUCACCAUGGUUGGCAUCCACGAGCGGUCGGCGCGCGAGAAGAUCUACGCCAACAGCGUGGCUCACAUCAUGAACGACGAGACGACGCGGAAGUACCUCCAGUCGAUCAAGCGGCUCAUGACGCUUUGCCAGCGACGGUAUCCUUCGCUCCCCUCUCGCGCGGUGGAGUUUAACAGCCUCGCAAAUGGUAGCGAUCUCCAGACGCUCCUGGACGAGGAGCAAAAGCUUCUGGAAGGGACUCAUCAUCAAUCAUAAAAAAUAAACACAGAUUGCAAAUCCCAUAACCUCGGAA